AUGCGAUCUCCUUCCGUGUCAUCGCAAAGGAGUGCAGCCGUCUCCGAAAGCAGCUGUCAUCAUCUCUAUCACGUGCAGGGGGACGUGAGAAGCCUUGUCGUCACAACUCCAUGGCGUUCUGCCAUGAUCCAGCCUCCGUUCCUUCCGCAGCAUAUGUGCAGAUCUCUCGAGAGUACAUACAAACACGCAUCGCUGCUUUUCACAGGUGGUGACAGCCAUGGUGUGUGCCGUGCUCGCCAGCUCCUGCGCCUCGGGCUCCGACAAGUCGUCGCUGAGCGAGCGCAUCGUAUCGGGGCUCAUCCGGGGGACCGCGGCCCCAACCGCUCCGGCAUCUUCUGCGAAGAGCUCUACCACAGGGACGAGUCCAACGUCCCUGAGGGUGAGCACCCCUCAACCGACUACAGUCACCCAAAGUCGCUCGAGCAAGAGCUGCGGGCGACGCACGUUUUCGAGCUGAGGGCGGGCAAGAGGGUGCAGGUGCCCCCGUACGACUAUGUGCGCCACGCCCGCUCUGGCAACACGGUCACAACGACGCCGACGCGCAUCAUCAUGGUCGAGGGCAUUCUCCUCUUCACAAACGCGGAGCUGUGUAAAGCGAUGGACUGUCUCAUCUUCGUGGGUACACCACUUGACAUCUGCCUGAUCCGGCGCGCUGAGCGCGACGCAAAGGAGCGCGGCCACACCUUCAAGGCUGCCAUUGAGCAGUACGCGACGACUGUGCGUCGCGUGCACUGCGCGUACGCUGAGCUAUCCAAGGUACACGUCGACAUCAGCGCACCUUGUUGGAAGAACAGCGGCGUGGCGUUCGGGGUUUUGAGGGUCAAGCAGAGCCAUGUCCUCCCCCUCCCACACCAUAGAAAAAAUGUGAUGCGGUGCCACAGGAGUGCCGAAUUCGAUUGUGCGCUCGGGCUGUGA